AUGGCGACCGCGAACGAGGAAGAAGUUCUAGAAGGUUUCCUCUGUCCAAUUUGUAAGGCUGAUUUAAAAUCGGCGAGCCAACUUACGAGUCAUUUUGAAAGCCUUCAUCAAGAAGAGCAGGAUGUUCUGAAAUCUCUAAAGGAUAUAUUCGGUAAAGCCAAGAAAAUUAUACUCAACACAGACGAUUCGGACUUAAAAGAAACAUUCGAUCGUGCCCUAAAGUUAAAUACUCGAGAAUACUAUUAUCCCCUCGAGGAGCAGACAGUAGGUGUAUCUAGAAGUUCCACUGAUUAUUUCAAGGCUGUACGUUCAUCAAGAUUGGAGAGAUAUGCUAUUGAGACUAAUAAACUAUUAAUAAGACUGGAUAAAUUAGUGUGUAACAUGCCCAGCGACCCCAACCAUAGAAAACAAUAUGAACAGGAAAUCGUACCAUGGUUAGAUGGUUCGUCAGUAAAGCUCUGCCCCAACUGCGCUAAAGCAUUUAACUUGACAAGAAGGAAACAUCACUGUAGAUUGUGUGGCUCAAUUCUCUGUCAUGACUGCUCUGUAUUUCUAGACUUAAACAUAGCCAAAUCAAUAGUUGAUCCGUCCAGACCCCAAACAUCUCAAGCUGAGGAAGUUAAUGAGAAAAAUGGCAUGCGUCUAUGUGAACACUGUUACAAUCUAAUAGAGUUGCGGAAACAAGUACAGGAGAAUAGAAAUGCUAAGACUAUUCUAGUGACGGCCUAUGAUCAAAUGAGAAGCUUAAUGGACCAAGCAAAGCCUGCUGUGGCCAUGUAUGAAAAGAUGUGCCAAAGCCUGUUCGAUGGAGAAACAACGUAUAAUCUCUCAGAUAUAAACGCGAUCCGUGGCCGCAUCGGCAAACUUGCGGAAGGUAUUGAUCUACUCAGUAAACAGAUUGUCGCUUUCCCUGCAGAACCGGGUACUAGACAAGCAAAACUACAGAAUUCGAUUAGACAAGCAGCUUCACAUUAUAUUAAGGAAGAACUUUUGUCACUGCGAAAGUUACCAACAGAGGCACAGAUAGAAGAAGUAAGAAGACAGCGAUACGAACGUGCCCAGAGACAAAUACAAAGAGAGAGAAUGAGAAAUGAGAGGGAGAGACGGGACGAGGGAGCGGAGCCUAGCGGCUCUUGGGUGGAUAAUACCUCCCAAGACGAUGACAACCCGCUACUGGAACAGAUGAACAUAAUAAGAGGUUAUAUUAAAGAGGCAAGGAAAGAACUGAGAUUUGAGGAGGUGGAAAUAUUAGAAACAAACUUGAAGGAGUUAAAGAAAGAAUAUCACUUGCAAAAGCUAUCAAACAAGUCCUAGUCAUUUCCAUUACAUGAUUAUAUAGUUUAAUUUAUUUUAUAAUAUAUUAUAAGCACAUUUUGUAUUUAAAUUAUUAAUGAUUAUUAUUUUUAAGUCUUAUUAUCUCUUGUAGAUGCAAGAAUAAAUUUGAAGUUACAAA